UGCCGCUAAAACCAAACCUGCUCCAGUUCUGCACUGUCGUAUCGUUGUCUGUGUUAUAAAAACUACCUAAAAAGGUCAGUUUGCGGUUUAGUCAUCACUUCACUUUUUCAUUUCGUUGGUUUUAGGGGUUGUCCUGAUCAGAAAAACUGUCCACUUUGUUGUAUUAGUGACCAACUCUGUUUUCGUCCAGGUUCAGAAUCAACGUGGUGCCAAUCAGCACCUGAAAAUGGGAAUCUCUGGGCUGCUUCAGUUCAUCAAAGAUGCAGCAGAGCCCAUCAAUGUGAAAAAAUACAAAGGCCAGACUGUUGCUGUGGACACCUACUGUUGGCUACAUAAAGGAGCCUUUUCAUGUGCUGAGAAGCUUGCUAAAGGAGAACCAACUGAUCAGUAUGUGUGGUACUGCAUGAAGUUAGUGGACAUGCUGUUUACCUUCAGUGUCAAGCCAAUUCUGGUGUUUGAUGGCCGCAAUCUGCCUUCAAAACAAGAAGUGGAAAACACUCGCAGGAUGCGCAGAGAAGCUAACCUUCAAAAAGGUAGACAGCUGCUACGUGAAGGCAAACUGUCUGAGGCCAGAGACUGUUUUAACCGCUGUGUUAACAUCACUCCAGCUAUGGCUCAUAACCUUAUUAAGGCGGCCAGGGCGAGAGGGGUGGACUGUGUAGUUGCCCCAUAUGAAGCUGAUGCUCAGUUAGCUUACCUCACCAAGUGUGGUUUGGCUCAGGCUGUCAUCACUGAGGACUCUGACCUGCUGGCAUUUGGCUGUAAAAAGGUAAUCCUCAAAAUGGACAAGCAAGGCAAUGGUCUGGAGAUAGACCAGAGUAACCUGGGCCGCUGUCACAGCCUGGGCAACAUUUUCACAGAAGAGAAGUUCCGCUACAUGUGCAUCCUCUCUGGUUGUGACUAUCUGGCCUCCCUGCAUGGCAUCGGUCUAGGGAAGGCUUGCAAACUGUUGCGUCUCGCAAAAGAGCCUGAUAUACUCAAGGUGAUCAGAAAGAUGGGCCAGUACCUGAAGAUGAGCAUUGUCGUCCCUGAACAGUACAUCGAGGGAUUCAUCAGAGCCAAUAACACCUUCCUUUACCAGCUGGCGUUUGAUCCUGUCAGGAGGAAGGUUGUACCUCUGAACCCUUACCCGGAGCACAUUGACCCUGCCACCCUCAGUUACGCUGGACUUAAUCUAGGGGAUGACAAAGGUUUGCAGAUGGCCCUGGGAAACCUUGACAUCAACACUAUGGAGAGGAUAGAUGACUUCAACCCUGACCAACCCAUUCAACAGCAACGUAAACCCCGCAGUCACAGCUGGAAUGACUCACGGGUCUCCACAGGGUCCAGUAUUUGGAGCAAAGGCUUCACCCCAACGUCUGCUGGCCCUUCCCAGCCUGCUGCUCUCACAGACAGACCUCCCUCCACCAGGGGGAAGGAGAGAGUUGUCAGCUUGGAUGGACUGAGGCUGUCCUGUAGAGAGCUGCAGGUGAAGAGGCCCAGAGAGGACUCUAGUCUAUCAGACCAGGAUGUGCUGCACCAAUAUUCCUGUUCAAGUCAGAAGCGAUCCAAGUCUAACCAGCAAGCAGAUGAGAAGACAUUGACUGUCCAGCCCUGGCCACGCAAUCGCUUCGCCACGGUGUUGCAGAAGAGGAAUGAGAAAACUCAGGGGGACAGUCAGCCUACCCGAAGCAGGUUCUUCAGCAGCUCCAACUCAGCAGUCAAUCUGAGCACAAGGGAGCCACUCCAGGAGAAAUUACCUCAGGCUAUGGAGCCCACAGCUAUGGAUACCACUCUGGAUGAGACCCAAAGCAGCGAUGGCCCCGACGUCCCAUCUGUGGAAACACCUAGCCCACCUCUGUCGCUUAGCACUACAUCCCCCACUUCAGCCAGCCAGGGCCUCAAGCUGUUCAGCUGGUCAGGCAGCUCCUCUGUAACCAAGCAAUCAGGAACACCAAAGUCAUCCUCAGGCCUGGCUGCACUGCAUCAGUUUCAGUAUAAAAAGGAAGGAUUUUCCUCUUCUCCAAAGUCUUACAGACCCUCUACAGACUCGUCUCCCGAUCAGCGGUCCUCCCCCGACAGAAAAUCAACGGACAAGGACGACCUUUCAGACUCCCCACCCUCUCAGGACAGUGCUUACUUCUCACAAUCCCAGCCUUACCACACUUCCUUCCACCAAGAGGAACCCCCCACCUACAGCCUCUCUUCCUCCUGCCAGGAAGAUGUUUUAGCUGAAAUUAAUUCAAGCAAAGAUUCAGAGCCACAGCAGAGUCCCACUCACGCAACAGAAGCAGACAGGAAACCUGGCAUGCUGAGAUCAAAGGUUUCUGGUCUGUCAAAACUGAAGACCAGCAGCCAAGCUCAAGCAGCAAAGGUACAAACGUUGGGCCCAGCCAGGGCCAGCGGACUGAGGAAGAAGUCUGGUGGUUCUGUGAAGAAACUCUCUGCCCCCAAUAACGAGAACAACCCUGGUGUCCAGGCCACAAUCAGUAGCCUUUGGAAGAACUUCAGCUUUAAAAAAAACACCCAGAAGAUGACUCCCAGUACGAAAGGAGAGGCAAUGUCUCCAGUCAAAGACAACCUCCUGGCCAGCUGACCUUGUCCGACGUGAACUUAACCAGCAAAAAUGCUCUGAAUUGACAGACUGAAUGCUCUGCUAUUGGAGCACAACUUUUAAACAUACCGUGUAUGUUAAUGAUCUCACCACUGACUGUCAUCGACCUGUUAUUUGUUACUGUAGUUUUAAAUAAAGCAACUAUCUUCUGAAGUGAAGUGAA